CAAAUGAAAUUUUUCUUGCCUGUUAACGCGUCGGAAGGUAUUCGUCGGAGUGCUGCACGCAACACAUAGCCGUCGCAAAACGCUUUCCGACGUGCGUACGGCAGCGAAGCCGAGGCAGCCGAAGAGGGAGAAGAACUGAAGAGACGACGGAUAGGGAGCCCCUUCCUCUAUCGGCGUUGGGAUAAUGGAGGUUUGAACAGCCUGUGUGGCAAAGAGGAUGACGGAAGUCCUGGAGUCGAAAACCAAGGCCAUGGCCGAAAAGGAGUUGGAGGAGAUUCGCGUCCGGAAGCGGACGUUGGAGGCUGUUCUCCAGCAGUGCCAGAGAGCCCUUGAAUUGCUCAAGGUGGUGGAUGACCCGGCCAAUCCCGGCGGUGCCAUGGAGGAGGAAGAGGAGGAGGAUGGGGAGGAAGAGGGGUCUUCUCAUUUUACCGAUUCUGAGACUGCUGAGCUGUGUGACCUUCUGAAGUCAAGAGUAGAGUCACCAGAUUUUCUGGAAAAACUUGGGAGCAUUCACAUGCCAGUGGCUCAUAAUGUGUCAGAGGAAGGUUUCUGUUGGGAUGUGAUUAGUGAGACUGAUCUGUGGGGAGAACUUGUGAAUGAAGAUAAUGGUUCAGAUGGGGAUGGCUAUGUUGUUGUCAAGCAGGAGGACAUCGUGGAAGGAGUUGCCUGCUUCAUGGCUGCUUAUCUACUGUCACUAAAGGAAACUAGAGAACUAACACCUAAUCAACUGCAAGAAGCUCUUAGCACAACAUUUUCUGGGAAAAAGAAGAAGGGAAAGCUACGGAAGGUGUGGAAUGGAACCAAAGUUGUCUAUAACGUAGCAUCUUGGGGUGCUACAGCUAUAGGGAUAUAUCAAAACCCUGCACUAUUUAGGGCAGCAUCCGUGGCCUUCUGGACAUCCUGCCGUGUCAUAUCAAAGCUGAUAUGAACACCCUUAGACUAUCUCUGACGUGAUGUAUUGUCGGUCAUUAUUCUGCAACAGUUUGUAAAGCUCAAUGGAGUUUGCAGAUGCUUUAUCCGUCAGUCAGGACAUCCGAUCAAGGCUAGGGAGACGUGGAUUUGUUUUUCUCAUGGGGUGCUUUUUUCUGUAAAUAGCUCGUUCCUCCCUCUAUGCCAGGAAGGUAAAUGCAAUUUCCACCAAAAAGGAAAAAAAAUUCUGUAAUUAUCAUUCGUUCAAGUGUAAUGUGACUGGAAUAGUAACAACUCUUGUGAUUGUGAGAUUUGGCCGUUCAAAUAAAAGCUAGUUCUUA